UCACUUAACGACGAGGCGUGUCAACUCACUUUCAUGUUCUGAACUGAAUACUGGUCCGCCAAUCCUCAUAGUAAGGCAUCAAAUCGAAAGAAUCAUCUCACAUUUCAGGAGCUGUCCGGAUACGACUUACCAUUUCUAGACCCAAGUGGGCACCUUCAUUCUGUAUAUAAUCCGUACAGACUUUGUCGAUAUCCUUCUUGCGCACUUCAUCUUUGUAUCAGUUUAAAUUCCAUACUUUGUUCACUCUCUAACCAUGGCACCUCUUGACGAUGCAGAACAAUACUUUGGAAAACCAGGAGAGAUCAUCGUGUGUGGUCUUUCAGGUGCUAGAACCUAUCCUCGAAUGGGAAACCAAAACCAACAGACUCCAGAAUCUCCUCGAACUGUCGAGAUGAGAUACCCUCCUUCACCUCCGGUAUCCCAACGAAACUCGGGAUAUGGCUCUGUUGCCGGAAGCUACCAGCAAAGUAGCCCCUCUCGAUAUGAAGCCCCGGAACAGUAUCCGAGCUAUACAAACCAAGCUACAUAUGGACAGUCAUCGGCUGGUUCUUCAUACUCCUCUCCUCGCCAAUACCCAGCCAAGUCUCAGGGAUUCUAUGAAUCUUCUAGCUCUUCGCGCUAUUAUUGAUACUGUCGACCUUGGAGGACGCCUGGUUCUCGCUGAUUCUUACUUGGGAUCAUAGAGAACUUUGGAAUUUUGAAUUAUUUGAACUUUGUGGAGAUUUCAAUAUUAGAUAGACAUACUUGACUACCAAUUACAUACGAGAAAUAGAAGAUUCAAUGCCA